AUGUCCACUACCUCCUGCAGCCACCUCCGAGCUCACAUACCUCUUACAGCCACCUCCGAGCUCACAUACCUCUUACAGCCACCUCCGAGCUCACAUACCUCUUACAGCCACCUCCGAGCUCACUACCUCUUACAGCCACCUCCGAGCUCACAUACCUCUUACAGCCACCUCCGAGCUCACAUACCUCUUACAGCCACCUCCGAGCUCACAUACCUCUUACAGCCACCUCCGAGCUCACAUACCUCUUACAGCCACCUCCGAGCUCACAUACCUCUUACAGCCACCUCCGAGCUCACAUACCUCUUACAGCCACCUCCGAGCUCACAUACCUCUUACAGCCACCUCCGAGCUCACAUACCUCUUACAGCCACCUCCGAGCUCACUACCUCUUACAGCCACCUCCGAGCUCACUACUUCUUACAGCCACCUCCGAGCUCAGUACCUCCUGCAGCCACCUCCAAGCUCACAUACCUCUUACAGCCACCUCCGAGCUCACUACCUCUUACAGCCACCUCCGAGCUCACAUACCUCUUACAGCCACCUCCGAGCUCACAUACCUCUUACAGCCACCUCCGAGCUCACUACCUCUUACAGCCACCUCCGAGCUCACAUACCUCUUACAGCCACCUCCGAGCUCACUACCUCUUACAGCCACCUCCGAGCUCACUACUUCUUACAGCCACCUCCGAGCUCAGUACCUCCUGCAGCCACCUCCGAGCUCACAUACCUCUUACAGCCACCUCCGAGCUCACUACCUCUUACAGCCACCUCCGAGCUCACUACUUCUUACAGCCACCUCCGAGCUCAGUACCUCCUGCAGCCACCUCCGAGCUCAGUACCUCCUGCAGCCACCUCCGAGCUCACAUACCUCUUACAGCCACCUCCGAGCUCACUACCUCUUACAGCCACCUCCGAGCUCACUACCUCUUACAGCCACCUCCGAGCUCACUACUUCUUACAGCCACCUCCGAGCUCAGUACCUCCUGCAGCCACCUCCGAGCUCACUACCUCUUACAGCCACCUCCGAGCUCACUACCUCCUACAGCCACCUCCGAGCUCACUACCUCUUACAGCCACCUCCGAGCUCACUACCUCUUACAACCACCUCCGAGCUCACUACCUCUUACAGCCACCUCCGAGCUCACUACUUCUUACAGCCACCUCCGAGCUCAGUACCUCCUGCAGCCACCUCCGAGCUCACUACCUCUUACAGCCACCUCCGAGCUCACUACCUCUUACAGCCACCUCCGAGCUCACUACCUCUUACAGCCACCUCCGAGCUCACUACCUCUUACAGCCACCUCCGAGCUCAGUACCUCCUGCAGCCACCUCCGAGCUCACUACCUCUUACAGCCACCUCCGAGCUCACUACCUCUUACAGCCACCUCCGAGCUCAGUACCUCUUACAGCCACCUCCGAGCUCACUACCUCCUGCAGCCACCUCUGAGCUCACUACCUCUUACAGCCACCUCCGAGCUCACUACCUCUUACAGCCACCUCCGAGCUCACUACCUCUUACAGCCACCUCCGAGCUCACUACCUCUUACAGCCACCUCCGAGCUCAGUACCUCCUGCAGCCACCUCCGAGCUCACUACCUCUUACAGCCACCUCCGAGCUCAGUACCUCCUGCAGCCACCUCCGAGCUCACUACCACUUACAGCCACCUCCGAGCUCACUACCUCCUGCAGCCACCUCUGAGCUCACUACCUCCUGCAGCCACCUCCGAGCUCACUACCUCUUACAGCCACCUCCGAGCUCAGUACCUCCUGCAGCCACCUCCGAGCUCACUACCUCUUACAGCCACCUCUGAGCUCACUACCUCUUACAGCCACCUCCGAGCUCAGUAUCUCCUGCAGCCACCUCCGAGCUCACUACCUCUUACAGCCACCUCAGAGCUCACUACCUCUUACAGCCACCUCCGAGCUCACUACCUCCUGCAGCCACCUCCGAGCUCAGUACCUCCUGCAGCCACCUCCGAGCUCACUACCUCUUACAGCCACCUCCGAGCUCACUACCUCCUGCAGCCACCUCCGAGCUCAGUACCUCCUGCAGCCACCUCCGAGCUCACUACCUCCUGCAGCCACCUCCGAGCUCACUACCUCUUACAGCCACCUCCGAGCUCAGUACCUCCUGCAGCCACCUCCGAGCUCACUACCUCCUGCAGCCACCUCCGAGCUCAGUACCUCCUGCAGCCACCUCCGAGCUCACUACCUCUUACAGCCACCUCCGAGCUCAGUACCUCCUGCAGCCACCUCCGAGCUCACUACCUCUUACAGCCACCUCCGAGCUCAGUACCUCCUGCAGCCACCUCCGAGCUCACUACCUCUUACAGCCACCUCCGAGCUCACUACCUCCUGCAGCCACCUCUGAGCUCGCUACCUCCUGCAGCCACCUCCGAGCUCACUACCUCUUACAGCCUCCUCCGAGCUCAGUACCUCCUGCAGCCACCUCCGAGCUCACUACCUCUUACAGCCACCUCUGAGCUCACUACCUCUUACAGCCACCUCCGAGCUCAGUAUCUCCUGCAGCCACCUCCGAGCUCACUACCUCUUACAGCCACCUCAGAGCUCACUACCUCUUACAGCCACCUCCGAGCUCACUACCUCUUACAGCCACCUCAGAGCUCACUACCUCUUACAGCCACCUCCGAGCUCACUACCUCCUGCAGCCACCUCCGAGCUCAGUACCUCCUGCAGCCACCUCCGAGCUCACUACCUCUUACAGCCACCUCCGAGCUCACUACCUCCUGCAGCCACCUCCGAGCUCAGUACCUCCUGCAGCCACCUCCGAGCUCACUACCUCCUGCAGCCACCUCCGAGCUCACUACCUCUUUCAGCCACCUCCGAGCUCAGUACCUCCUGCAGCCACCUCCGAGCUCACUACCUCCUGCAGCCACCUCCGAGCUCAGUACCUCCUGCAGCCACCUCCGAGCUCACUACCUCUUACAGCCACCUCCGUGCUCAGUACCUCCUGCAGCCACCUCCGAGCUCACUACCUCCUGCAGCCACCUCCGAGCUCACUACCUCUUACAGCCACCUCCGAGCUUACUACCUCCUGCAGCCACCUCCGAGCUCACUACCUCUCACAGCCACCUCCGAGCUCACUACCUCCUGCAGCCACCUCCGAGCUCACUACCUCCUGCAGCCACCUCCGAGCUCAGUACCUCCUGCAGCCACCUCCGAGCUCAGUACCUCCUGCAGCCACCUCCGAGCUCACUACCUCCUGCAGCCACCUCCGAGCUCACUACCUCUCACAGCUACCUCCGAGCUCACUACCUCCUGCAGCCACCUCCGAGCUCAGUACCUCCUGCAGCCACCUCCGAGCUCACUACCUCUCACAGCCACCUCCGAGCUCACUACCUCUUACAGCCACCUCCGAGCUCACUACCUCCUGCAGCCACCUCAGAGCUCACUACCUCUUACAGCCACCUCCGAGCUCAGUACCUCCUGCAGCCACCUCCGAGCUCACUACCUCCUGCAGCCACCUCCGAGCUCACUACCUCUCACAGCCACCUCCGAGCUCACUACCUCCUGCAGCCACCUCCGAGCUCAGUACCUCCUGCAGCCACCUCCGAGCUCACUAUCUCCUGCAGCCACCUCCGAGCUCACUACCUCUCACAGCCACCUCCGAACUCACUACCUCCUGCAGCCACCUCCGAGCUCAGUACCUCCUGCAGCCACCUCCGAGCUCACUACCUCUCACAGCCACCUCCGAGCUCACUACCUCUUACAGCCACCUCCGAGCUCACUACCUCUUACAGCCACCUCCGAGCUCACUACCUCUUACAGCCACCUCCGAGCUCACUACCUCUCACAGCCACCUCCGAGCUCACUACCUCUUACAGCCACCUCCGAGCUCACUACCUCAUACAGCCACCUCCGAGCUCACUACCUCUUACAGCCACCUCCGAGCUCACUACCUCUUACAGCCACCUCCGAGCUCACUACCUCUUACAGCCACCUCCGAGCUCUCUACCUCUCACAGCCACCUCCGAGCUCACUACCACUUACAGCCACCUCCGAGCUCACUACCUCUUACAGCCACCUCCGAGCUCAUUACCUCUUACAGCCACCUCCGAGCUCACUACCUCUUACAGCCACCUCCGAGCUCACUACCUCUUACAGCCACCUCCGAGCUCACUACCUCUUACAGCCACCUCCGAGCUCACUACCUCUUACAGCCACCUCCGAGCUCACUACCUCCUGCAGCCACCUCCGAGCUCACUACCUCAUGCAGCCACCUCCGAGCUCACAGCUCCUGGCCGCUAG